GUCCUCCGUGGAUUCUCUUCUUCUCUCACUAGUCACUAUUAAGCUCAAGAGGACACUGCGAGAGAUCUGGCACAGUUUUCUAGAGAGAGAGAUUCUGAAAUUCUAGAGAGAGAGAAAAAAAGAAAAGAAAAGAAAAUGAGGGAGCCAGUGAACGACGUGUCGCCGACGCCACCUCCUCCUCCGCCCCAGGCGUUGCUCGAGAGGCUCAAGGAUUACGGCCAGGAAGACGCCUUCGCCCUCUGGGACGAGCUCUCCCCCGACGAGCGUCAGCUUCUCGUCAAGGACAUCGAGAGCUUGGAUCUUUCGAGAAUCGAUCGGAUCAUUCGGUGUUCGCUUCGAUCUCACGGGCUGCCGACGGCGGCGAUUGAGCCGGUGCCGGAGAGCAGUGUGUCGAGUGUGGAGGAGCGGAGUCUUGAAGACCGAGAGAGAUGGUGGAAGAUGGGAUUGAAAGCAAUCCACGACGGAAAGUUGGCCGUCUUGCUCUUAUCCGGUGGACAGGGAACUCGACUUGGAAGUUCAGACCCAAAGGGAUGUUUCAAUAUCGGGCUUCCAUCUGGAAAGUCACUCUUUCAACUUCAAGCUGAGCGGAUUUUGUGUGUUCAGAGACUAGCUGCUCAGUCUACAAAUGAUGGUUCUGCUGCACCACUGCAAAUACAUUGGUAUAUUAUGACCAGUCCAUUUACUGAUGAAGCCACAAGAAAAUUUUUUGAAAGUCAUAAAUACUUUGGUCUUGAAGCUGAUCAGGUUACCUUCUUUCAGCAAGGCACCAUACCUUGUGUUUCAGGGGAUGGUAGAUAUAUUAUGGAAACUCCAUACAGAGUAGCUAAGGCUCCAGAUGGGAAUGGAGGAGUAUAUUCAGCUUUGAAGUCUUCGAGAUUAUUAGAAGAUAUGGCUACGAGAGGCGUUAAGUAUGUGGAUUGCUAUGGAGUUGACAAUGCACUGGUUCGUGUAGCUGAUCCAACUUUCUUGGGCUAUUUCAUUGAUAAAGGUGUUGCAUCCGCUGCAAAAGUUGUUCGCAAGGCUUAUCCCCAAGAAAAGGUUGGUGUGUUUGUACGACGAGGAAAAGGUGGACCCCUUACUGUGGUGGAAUACAGUGAGAUGGAUUCGUCUCUGUCUUCUGCAAUCAAUCAACAAACGGGACGUCUUCGUUUUUGUUGGAGUAAUGUGUGCUUGCACAUGUUCACACUGGAUUUUCUAAACCAAGUAGCAAAUGGCCUUGAGAAAGAUAGCAUUUACCAUCUUGCCGAGAAGAAGAUUCCUUCUAUCCAUGGACAGACAGUGGGAUUUAAACUAGAGCAGUUUGUUUUUGAUGCGUUUCCAUAUGCACCAUCAACUGCACUUUUUGAGGUAUUGCGUGAAGAAGAGUUCGCACCAGUAAAAAAUGCAAACGGGUCAAAUUUUGACACCCCAGACAGUGCGAGGCUUCUUGUUCUUCGACUGCACACUCGUUGGGUAGUCGCUGCUGGUGGAUUCUUAACACAUUCAGUGCCCUUAUAUGCAACCGGUGUGGAGGUGUCACCUCUUUGUUCUUAUGCUGGAGAAAACCUAGAAGCAAUUUGCCGUGGAAGAACGUUCCAUGCCCCUUGUGAGAUUUCAUUCUAAAAAGAGUUACAAGAAUUGCUUUGUUCUUAAUUUGUGCGGCUCCUUUAUUCACAUGAAACAACUAGAGUGGGUGAAUUAGGUCCAUCUAUCUCGUUGAUGUGUUGAGAUAGAUUUAGUGGGUGAUCUGUGUUGUAUAAAAUGACAGUAUUGGGAUAUUUUGGUCUUGGUUUAACUCUAUCAAUAUAUGUUUUGUAUUUUAUUA